AUGGAUUACAAGGACCGGUACCAGCAGGCUCUAAUGCCAAACUACGAGUGUCUUCUCUUUGAUCUUGACGAUACCCUUUAUUCCUUAAGUACUGGUUUCUUUACCAUAUGCACCAAGAAUAUUGAAGAAUAUAUGGUUCAAAAACUUGGAAUAGAUGAAAAGAAAGUCCAAGAGAUCAGUCCUAUAUUAUACAAGACUUAUGGAACAACGAUGGCCGGUCUCAAGGCAAUUGGUCACGACUUUGACAAUGAUGAUUAUCAUAGCUUUGUUCAUGGGAGACUACCUUAUGACAUACUAAAACGUGAUCAUGUUCUGAUGAAUCUCUUGCUUAGCUUGCCUAUUCGGAAAGUUAUUUUCUCAAAUUCGGAUGAGGCCCAUGUUACAAAAGUUCUUAGCAAGCUUGGAUUGGAGGAUUGCUUCGAAAUGAUUAUAUGCUUUGAGACUCUGAACCCGAACAACAAGAAUAAUGUAGAUGAUGACAACAUUAAUUUUGAGCUUACUUGUCAACCCAAUGGCAACUCGGGGCUUCCAAAGAUUCCAAUCAUUUGCAAACCAUUAGAAAAUGCAUUUGAACAAGCAUUCAAGAUAGCCAACAUCAAUCCUGAAAAAACACUGUUCUUCGAUGACAGUGCCCGAAAUAUACAGACUGCGAAGCGUAUGGGACUUGACACUGUGCUGGUGGGGAAAAAUCAUCGUACAAAUGGUGCUGAUUACGCUUUAGAGAGUGUCCACAAUAUCAGAGAAGCAUUGCCUAUGCUAUGGGAAGCCAAUAAUAAGUUAGAAAAGGUCAGCUCUCCAAGAAAGAUUGCAAUUGAGACAUCAGUGGAAGCCUAG